CCUGCCAGUACAGACAUGGAUAGAGUGAGUUUCAAAGUAAAUGGCGUUAGUUAUUCGGUGGGUUGCGAGGUGAGUUCACAGAUGACCCUAGUGGAUUACCUCCGAGAUGUCCUGGAGCUACGUGGUACCAAGUACAUGUGCCGAGAGGGUGGUUGUGGCACUUGUACCGUCAGUGUUGUUAAAACAGCUGGCGCCAAACCGAUUGCCGUCAAUUCGUGUUUGGUGUCUGUAACGUCCUGUCAAGACUGGGACAUUACGACCAUAGAACAAGUCGGCAACCGGUUUAAGGGUUAUCAUCCGAUACAGAAUGCAUUAGUUGAGCACAACGGCACUCAAUGUGGAUAUUGUUCGCCGGGAUGGGUUAUGGCUAUGUACAGUCUUAUAAAAAAUAAAAACAACUUAACUAUGCUUGACAUAGAGAAAUCAUUUGGGAGCAACAUAUGCAGGUGUACGGGUUAUAGGCCAAUUUUAGAUGCAUUUAAGAAAUUUGCAAAAGAUGCACCUUUAAAUGAUAGAAUACUUGACAUAGAAGAUUUGCACAUUUGUAAUAAAACUGGCAAAAACUGUGACAAACAUGACUGUAAACAUGAUUGUAAAGAUGAUGAUUGGUGUAUAGUUUCAAAAUCUGAUGUGGAAGUACCAGUUCCAAUAAAUAUAGAUUUGAAAGAUGGAAGAUAUUGGUUUAAAGUAUCAACCAUAAGGGACGUAUUUGGAAUUUUAGGUACAAGAGGAGACGACUCUUAUAUGUUAGUUUCUGGAAAUACAGCAAAAGGUGCCUACCCUAUAGAUGAAUAUCCUCGAAUUCUAAUAGACAUAAGUGAAGUUUCGGAAUUAAAAGGAUGUUAUUUAGACCAAAAUUUGGCAAUUGGAGCUGGUAACACUUUAUCAGAUCUUUUAAAUAUCUUGCAAAAUAUGUCCAAAGUAGUUUAUUUUGAAUAUCUGAAGAAAUUUUACGAUCAUAUUCAAUCAGUAGCUCAUAUCUCUGUAAGAAACUUGGGAUCGAUAGCAGGUAAUCUGAUGAUUAAACAUCAGCACAAUGAGUUUCCUUCUGACAUUUUCCUCUUAUUAGAAACUGUCGGGGCUCAGUUGACUAUAGUUAAUCAACGAGGUUUACAAGAAAGAGUUUCAAUGGCGCAGUUCUUGAAAUUGAAUAUGAGAUCAAAAAUUAUACUAAACAUUUUAGUGCCACCCUUAAGCGAGGAUACUAAAAUUGUAACAUUCAAGAUAAUGCCCCGGGCGCAGAACGCUCACGCUGUAGUAAACGCUGGAUUCUUGUAUAGGUUGAGAAAAAGUGACAACAAAUUGUUACAAUGUAGACUGGUGUUUGGUGGACUGUCACCGCAAUUUUCUAGAGCAGCACUUACUGAAAGAUAUUUAUUUACAAAAAUGCCAUUCGCAAAUGACAUACUGUCAAAAGCAGUGGAAACAUUGGCUAAUGAAAUAGUGGUGACGGAAACAGGUCUCUUAUCAGAAUGGUCCACUGAUUAUAGAAAGAAACUGGCUUUAGGACUUUUUUAUAAAGGAUUAUUGACAAUAUGUCCACGCGAAUUAUUGGGCUCUCGUUAUGCCUCUGGAGCUAUCAAGAUACACGAAACAAGACCGGUUUCUGAUGCUCGCCAGAUAUUUGAUACAAAUCCCGCUUUGUGGCCAUUAAAUCAACCGUUAGAAAAAGUUGAAGCUAAGAUUCAGUGUUCAGGUGAGGCUCCUUACACGGAGGACUUACCUUGCAUUCCUAGAGAAGUGUUUGCUGCAUUUGCACUCUGCACUGUUCCUAGAGGGAAUAUAGAAAGUAUCGAUGCUAGCGUAGCCUUGAAUCAACCAGGCGUUUUAGCAUUCUAUACAGUAAAAGAUAUCCCGGGUAUAAAUUCGUUUACUCCACCAAAAUCUCCAUUGUAUUCGAACAACGAAGAGGUAUUAUGUGAUAAAGAGGUGAAAUAUUUUAACCAACCAUUUGGCAUAGUUGUAGCUGAAACACGACAUAUAGCUGAUAGAGCUGCAAAAUUGGUUAAGGUCAAAUACAGUAACGUAACAAAACCUGUAAUCAAUAUCAGAGAAGCCAAAAAUGACUCAAAAAGAUUGCAACAGUAUAUGUCUAGCGACUCUACAGAUAAAGGCAAUGAUGUAGUUAAAGUGAUAAAAGGAUAUAAUUAUUUUCAUGAACAAUAUCACAUGUGUAUGGAAACGUUAGUGUGCAUAACUCGACCUACGGAAGAAGGUAUAGAAGUACACGCAUCUACGCAAUGGUUAGACGGUGUACAAUUGAUGAUUUCACGAGCAUUGAAUAUGCAACAAAAUAGGAUUGAUGUAUAUGUUCGGCGACUUGGAGGAGCAUAUGGGAUUAAGAUAUCGCGUAUAACCCAAUUAGCGAUUGCUUGUAGUCUUGUAACUCAAAAACUUAAUAGACCGUGCAGAUUUAUUCAGUCUUUGACUACUAACAUGAGAGCGGUUGGAAAAAGAUAUAAUUGUUACAGCGAUUAUGAAGCCGGAGUUAAUGCUACAGGAAUAAUCCAAUAUUUGAAUUACAAUACAUACGAAGGAAAUGGAUAUACCAUUAAUGAAACUCUAUCAAUGCUUGGAGCUGGAGUUUUCAAUAAUUGUUAUAAUAAAACAAGAUGGAAUUUUAAAGGGUAUGAUGUUACGACUGAUUUAGCAAAAAAUACAUUUUGUAGAUCUCCAGGUACAUUCGAAGCUAUUUCAAUGAUAGAAUGUAUUAUGGAACACAUUUCAUACGAGCAAUCUUUAAACCCUGUAGAUGUACGAUUAGCUAAUUUAGAUGAACAAUAUAACGAUAUUAAAGAAAUGGUUGAAACGUUAAAGAAAAAUUCAAAUUACGAUGAAAGGAGAACAGCAGUUAUAAAAUAUAAUAAAGGAAACAGAUGGAAAAAACGUGGUUUGAGAACUUCCUUUUCAAGGUGGACACCAGGUGGAGGACAACAGUUAGAUAUAACACUGUCAGUAUAUCAUGGCGAUGGAACCGUUGCUAUAACUCAUGCUGGUGUGGAAAUGGGUCAAGGAGUGAACACUAAAGCAGUCCAGAUUUGUGCAUAUCUUCUAAAUAUACCUGUUACUAAAAUUCAGAUCAAAGGUAACAAUACAAUAAUAGCACCAAAUAGUUUUAUAUCUGGAGGCAGUUUAACUUCUACAAAUGUUACUGUUGGUGUACAAAGAUGCUGCGAGGAACUUUUAAAAAGACUGGAUCCGAUUAAAAAGGAAAUGAAUAAUCCAACUUGGGAACAAUUAAUAAGCAAAGCUUUUGAAUCAAAUAUUGAUUUACAAACUCAUGGAUUUAUAAAUGCUCUUGAUAGUGAAGAGUACAAUAUUUACGGUGUAGCAUGUGCUGAAGUAGAAGUAGAUAUACUAACAGGAGAAUUGGAGGUUAUACGAGUAGAUAUAAUACAAGACGUUGGACGAAGCGUAAAUCCUGAGGUUGAUAUGGGACAAGUAGAAGGUGCAUUUAUAAUGGGUUUAGGAUAUUGGACAAGCGAAAAACUAAUAUUUUCCAAUACUGGGGAAGUACUUACGGAUCGUACAUGGAAUUAUUACGUGCCUCAAGCAAGAGAUAUACCCCAAGAUUUUAGAGUGUAUUUUAAAAAGAAUUCAACAGGUCCCAAUAAAUUUUUUGGUGCUAAAGCAACUGGAGAACCUCCUAUGUGCCUCUCAGUAGUAAUACCCUUUGCCAUUAGGGAAGCUAUUGUUUCGGCAAGGUCAGAUUGUGGUCUUCCCAGCACUGCUUGGUUUCCUGUAGAUGGACCAUGUACCAUAGAAAGUAACUGCUUGUUGGCUGCAACUCCUGUCGAACAUUUUAAGUUCAACUGAAUAUGAUAUGAAAAUUAUGGACCCAGUAGAUAACGAUAGAGUGCGGAACUACUUUAUUCGCUAUCUCAUUUAAAAUAUUUUGACAGGUCUUUGGCCUGCGAAAAAAAAUCAUAAUAAGUGACUACAAUUAGAAACUCUGUUUAACCAAGUGUUAAUUAUUUUUUCUUGUAUUAUAUAAAAAGUAAACAAUAAAA